AUGGACAUUCUUAAGAAGGUGUUCCGAGAUCCUAGUGUAUGCCAAAUACUGCUAGGGGAAGUAAGUGUUGCAGGAAAGCAAAUAUUGCGUGCACAGACAGUUAAGUUUACAGGAACCGAGACUAAAGAAUAUACUCUCGAGCAGGUGCUGUUUUAUUUGAUGAACAGAACUGAAAAGUACACAACAUACAUGAGUCUGUGCAGAGAGCGUGGAAUUGGGAAGAUAUACUACACAGACCAGAAGAUUAUCAUAGAGGAGAUUGAGAAUUUCAAAGAGGCUACUGUUUCAGUCGAGAUAGAUGGCCCUGAAUUCAGGUAUAUUGGGCAGCAUGAUUAUGGAUACUUGGAGAGUGUUUGCAGACGGGAGGGGAUGAGAGGAGGGUUUUACUAUAUGGUUGUUCCACAGUCAGUGUCUUCUCCGGUCAACCUGAGCAACAUCAGGGAGUUUCUGGACAAUGGAAGGUGCCUGAUGAAUGUUGGGAUCAGUGAGGCCAAUAAGAUAGAGAUUAAGUUCAUGGGAUAUGAUUUAGUGGUGGUAGACGAUGUGAAGGGAUUUACUUCUGAGGACUGGAGAAGGGUGGUGUGUAUAAUUCUUGAUGGAUCGAAGUGGCAGAUAAACGAGUGGAGCGUUAGAGAUCUUGCGGAGAUAUUUGAUACGAUUCCUACGUUUUACUUGUCAAGGGGUAAUCAGCAUGAAGGGCAGUUUGUAAGAAGUUACAAUGUUAGAGAGAUUCAGGUCCGCAACGGGGCUAUAAGUAAAGUUGAUCUUGAUGUGAUACAAGAAAAGGUAAGAGGGUGUGUAGUGAACAAAUAG